CGCCGGCAUCAUCCCCAGACUGCUCCAAGCGGGCGUGGUCGGGGAGGUGGAUCCGAGGCGGGCAGGCAGAGGCCGAGGCCCAAUCGGAGAGGGAUGUUGAGGGGGCAGAGCGCGGGUGGGGCUGGUGACUGACACCCGGCUGGAGGCGCGACGGAGGGAAAAUAAACCUGCAGGGAGAGACAGCGGGCGAGGACAAGUGUGCGCUGCCGCCGGGGGUGGCAUGUCAGUCCCCUUCCUCCUCUUCCAGAGAAACCUCCUCUGCUCUUUCCCUCCCCUUGGACUGGUCUCGUUCUCCUCGCGCCGAGGACGACCCCACCGACGCCCCCCGAACUGGACUGCAUGAAAGCGGGCCCGUAAGGAGUAGCAGAUCUUGAAAAAUGAAUGUUAUUCUGGAUCCAUUCUUAAAGACAUGAAAGUUUCAGCACCGGAGUUCUCCCUCUCGAGUGAAAGGCUGUGCUGUCCCACUUCUCCACUGAUCAGAAAAGGAAUUGCCUCAGGAUCAGCAGGGAAGUGCCCCAGAGGCCAUGGAGAAACAGAGCUCAGGGAUAGCCAAGCGUUUGGCCACGCUCAUCUCAGGUCUGGUGGAGUGCAUGUGCUUUGCGGGUGUCAUUUUUGGAUGGGCAUCCCUGGUCUUUGUCCUCAAGGAUCUGAACUACUUUAAAGACCUGUGUGUGCCAGCUGCCAAUCAAACAGCCAAUCAAACAGACUGCAGUGCCCAGGAUGAGCAAUUCUCCCUCAUCUUCACCAUUGGCUCCUUCAUGAACAACUUUAUGACCUUCCCCACGGGCUACAUCUUUGACCGCUUUGGCACCACAGCAGCCCGUCUGCUUGCCAUAUCUUCCUACACCUCCGGUACCCUCCUCAUUGCAUUUUCCUCAGCAGCCACUGCACUGAUGCUAUUCCCAGCACUAUCAUUUCUCUCCAUUGGUGGAAUCCUCCUCAUCCUCACCAACAUGCAGGUUGGGAACCUGUUUGGAAAACAUCGCUCAACCAUCAUUACCCUCUACAAUGGGGCCUUUGACUCUUCCUCUGCUGUAUUUCUUAUCAUCAAGCUGCUGUUCGAAAAAGGCCACUCGCUGAGAAGCAUGUUCCUGUUCAUGUCUGCCUGCAGCGCCUGGCACUUGGUCCGCACGUUCUUUCUGAUGCCCCGACGCCAUAUCCCUUACCCACUGCCCCCCGAUUACACAUAUGGAUUGAGCUGUAAGAGAAGGUCCCAGUCAUAUCGCACCUAUGAGGAACAACGUUCCAACAAGAACCCAGGUGUGGAUGAAGCCCAGGACUCAGAUAAUCUCCAUGCUGACUCAGCACUCAAAGAAGGAAAUGCUGCCCACAAAGCUGAUACUGUGACUGCACCAAGCUUCAAAGAGCCAGCUGUCAAAUCCUUCCGGAACUGUGUCUUCUCCCAAUUGUUUUUCUGGCAUCUGAUGUGGCUGUCAGUGAUGCAGCUGCGCCAUUACCUCUUCAUCGGCACCCUCAACCCCAUGCUGACACAAUUGGCUGGUGGAAACACCUCGCUUGUGAGUGUCUACACCAAUGCUUUUGCCCUCACCCAGCUGUGUGGAGUCCUCUGCGCCCCCUGGAAUGGUCUUAUUCUUGACCGUCAUAAACAUCGACAGAAAAAGGGCGAGAGUUCCCAAGGGGUAUCGGAUUCUCUUGCGGACCUGCGUUCCUGUGUGUUAUCGCUGGCCAUCACGGUGUUGCAGUGCAUGGCCUUCUCAAUCUGUGCCUCCAUUCCAGUGCUCCCUGUGCAGUACGCCACCUUUAUCCUGCAGGUUCUGAGCCGUUCCUUCCUCUAUGGAGGCAACGCUGCCUUCUUAGCUAUUGCAUUUCCGCUGGAACAUUUUGGGAAGCUCUAUGGUCUGGUGAUGGGACUCUCAGCGGUGGUGUCUCUCCUACAGUAUCCCUGCGUCGCACUGGUCAAGGGCCCACUCAACGGGGAUCCCUUUUAUGUGAACAUUGGCUUCAUAGUCUUAAUGCUGCUGGCUUUGGUCAACCCUUGGACGGUGUGGCGGGAAUGCAAGCGGCAAGAGAAGGAACAAAUUGCAGUGCACGGCACAGACCCCACAACCUUGACUGCGGGGAAGUCAGGCCUGGAGUCCUCCAUCUGAGCCCUUCCUUGUAUAGACUUUGGGAACCUCUGCUAACAAAAGGGAACCUUAAGAAGACCUGUAAAGGGAAAUGAAGAGCAAGCUGCGAAGAUAAAGCCUUGACUCCCUGGGCCUCGCUUCCAGGAAGCCACAACCCAACACGAUCAGCCAUGCUUCAGCCCACUGAAACAAAUGUGCUUAACCAUCUCUGUCUCUGUCUUGGAUUAUCACCCUUGUGUUUCAAAAAGACAUUAUUGGUUGCUUCCUUUUAUACAGCAUUAUUUUUCUAGGAAUUAAAUCCAUAUUGUUUUCUCCUAAUAUGUGGAGUUAGAAGUCCUUUUACUGACUCUAAUUUUGUUCUUUUACAGAGCUAUAUUUUUGUGGGUCAUACAAAAUUGCCAGUAUUAGAACUAAUUUAAACAUUUCCAAUAAUAAAGUGUAAUGUGUCUUUUUAA